GAGUGCUACCAUUGACAAUGUUUGUCCGACAAAAUUUAUCGAAAAUCUUCCGGCCUUGGGAUAUGAGUGACAGUAAAGAGAUGACCAGUGAUACAAUGAGUGUAAAAGAAACAAAGCCACUGCAGCGGAAGGAUGAAAAGCGGGAAAACCGCUUGCGAAAAAUUCGAGGUAGCUUCAAGAAGAGCGAAGGCAAUAUUCACCAGGACUGUACUGUUUCCACAACUACAGAAGAUGUCAAACCACUGAACGUAACAAACCCUGUGGAAUCACCUGUGGACAGACUCACACUUUGCUGUGACAGACUACUUGAAGAACCAAAACCUGAAUUAAAAUCUCCCAAAACAAGCAACGUCGAAACUUCUUUCACAUAUCCUAAUAUCCCCCAAAAUAUCUAUCAAGGGCUUGAAUAUCCUGAUAUAACUCAAACCUUAGUAUCUCAAUCUGAUCCAUUGUUACUAGAAUCUUUAGCGCAAGGAUAUGCGAUGGAAUUGGAAUAUGCUAGAAUACUCCAACAAGAAGAAGAAGCAAAACUCCUGAACGCAAGAAAGCAACGUCCAAAGAAAUACAAAUGUCCACACUGUAACGUGGGCUUUUCAAACAACGGGCAACUGAAGGGCCACGUCAGAAUCCACACUGGGGAGCGGCCUUUUAAAUGCGAUGAAAAGGAUUGCGGGAAGACGUUUACAAGGAAUGAAGAACUGACGAGGCAUAAGAGAAUACACUCUGGAGUUCGACCCUACGCGUGUUCAACCUGCGGGAAAAAGUUCGGGAGGCGCGAUCAUCUAAAGAAACACACGAGAACACAUUUCGUCCAAGCUGAACGGAUGAUGCCAGUUUUCGUGCCUCUCGCCGCAAUGCCUCACGUCGGCUUUCCUUAUUUAUAUGGAUACUGAUGAUUGUAGCUUAAAACAUCAAAUUUAAAAAAAAAGGAGAUUAUGUAAUUAAUCCAUGUAUAGGUAACCUCUAGAACGGUUCUUCGGUUCGGUGUUGUAAAUUUCCUGAAUAGUUUUCAUCCGUUGCCUUAUCGUGAAUCUUGAAAGUUUUCAAGCAAUAGUUCAUUAUAUCAGUGCCGAGAUUGUACAGCUUUUAAAAGAGUUACAGAGCUUUUAAAACAUUCAUGUAUAAAAAGGAAUAGGAAUAAAAUUGUAAUUUUCAGGAAUCCUGAUAAAGUA